AUGAGUCCAUCCCACCCUCUCCCCCAAGGCACCCGUGUACCAGGUCCCACCCUCUCCCCCAGUGUACCAGGCACCCUCUCCCCCAAGUGUACCAGGUCCCACCCUCUCCCCCAAGGCACCCGUGUACCAGGUCCCACCCUCUCCCCCAAGGCACCCGUGUACCAGGUCCCACCCUCUCCCCCAAGGCACCCGUGUACCAGGUCCCACCCUCUCCCCCAAGGCACCCGUGUACCAGGUCCCACCCUCUCCCCCAAGGCACCCGUGUACCAGGUCCCACCCUCUCCCCCAAGGCACCCGUGUACCAGGUCCCACCCUCUCCCCCACCCGUGUAAGGCACCCGUGUACCAGGUCCCACCCUCUCCCCCAAGGCACCCGUGUACCAGGUCCCACCCUCUCCCCCAAGGCACCCCACCCGUGUACCAGGUCCCACCCUCUCCCCCAAGGCACCCGUGUACCAGGUCCCACCCUCUCCCCAAGGCACCCGUGUACCAGGUCCCACCCUCUCCCCCAAGGCACCCGUGUACCAGGUCCCACCCUCUCCCCAAAGGCACCCGUGUACCAGGUCCCACCCUCUCCCCCAAGGCACCCGUGUACCAGGUCCCACCCUCUCCCCAAGGCACCCGUGUACCAGGUCCCACCCUCUCCCCAAGGCACCCGUGUACCAGGUCCCACCCUCUCCCCCAAGGCACCCGUGUACCAGGUCCCACCCUCUCCCCCAAGGCACCCGUGCAGGUCCCACCCUCUCCCCCAAGGCACCCGUGUACCAGGUCCCACCCUCUCCCCCAAGGCACCCGUGUACCAGGUCCCACCCUCUCCCCCAAGGCACCCGUGUACCAGGUCCCACCCUCUCCCCCAAGGCACCCGUGUACCAGGUCCCACCCUCUCCCCCAAGGCACCCGUGUACCAGGUCCCACCCUCUCCCCCAAGGCACCCGUGUACCAGGUCCCACCACCCCCAAGGCACCCGUGUACCAGGUCCCAGGUCCCCCACCCUCUCCCCCAAGGCACCCGUGUAGGUCCCACCCUCUCCCCCAAGGCACCCGUGUACCAGGUCCCACCCUCUCCCCAAGGCACCCGUGUACCAGGUCCCACCCUCUCCCCCAAGGCACCCGUGUACCAGGUCCCACCCUCUCCCCCAAGGCACCCGUGUACCAGGUCCCACCCUCUCCCCCAAGGCACCCGUGUACCAGGUCCCCUCUCCCCACACCUCUCCCCUCCCCAAGGCACCCGUGUACCAGGUCCCACCCUCCCCCCAAGGCACCCGUGUACCAGGUCCCACCCUCCCCAAGGCACCCGGCACCCGUGUACCAGGUCCCACCCUCUCCCCCAAGGCACCCGUGUACCAGGUCCCACCCUCUCCCCCAAGGCACCCGUGUACCAGGUCCCACCCUCUCCCCCAAGGCACCCGUGUACCAGGUCCCACCCUCUCCCCAAGGCACCCGUGUACCAGGUCCCACCCUCUCCCCCAAGGCACCCGUGUACCAGGUCCCACCCUCUCCCCCAAGGCACCCGUGUACCAGGUCCCACCCUCUCCCCCAAGGCACCCGUGUACCAGGUCCCACCCUCUCCCCCAAGGCACCCGUGUACCAGGUCCCACCCUCUCCCCCAGGGUCCCACCCUCUCCCCCAAGGCACCCGUGUCCCACCAGGUCCCCACCCUCUCCCCCAAGGCACCCGUGUACCAGGUCCCACCCUCUCCCCCAAGGCACCCGUGUACCAGGUCCCACCCUCUCCCCCAAGGCACCCGUGUACCAGGUCCCACCCUCUCCCCCAAGGCACCCGUGUACCAGGUCCCACCCUCUCCCCCACACCCGUGUACCAGGUCCCACCCUCUCCCCCAAACCCGUGGGUCCCACCAAGGCACCCGUGUACCAGGUCCCACCCUCUCCCCCAAGGCACCCGUCCAGGUCCCACCCUCUCCCCAAAGGCACCCGUGGUCCCACCAGGUCCCCCACCCUCUCCCCAAAGGCACCCGUGGUCCCACCAAAGGUCCCCCACCCUCUCCCCAAGGCACCCUCCCCAAGUGUACCAGGUCCCACCCUCUCCCCAAGGCACCCGUGUACCAGGUCCCACCCUCCCCCCAAGGCACCCGUGUAGGAACUUAA